AUGGAGGAACUGAAGCAGGAACUGCACAAAGAACGGUUCAAACAUGUUGACAGUAGUGCCAGCAACAGUAGCGGUACUGAACUCAAUGGCCUCUUACAAGCCGAACAACAGAAACAAGAGGCACAUACUUUGGUGUUGGAUAAUCUUCGAGAUGUGCUUAGCGCCCCCGAGUGGCAACAACUGCAAACGCUCAUGCAGGAGAUUAAGCAACAACAUCAGAUUGAACUCAAUCGAGUCAAGUCCCAGUGUGAGGAUGAAAUUGACCUUCGUGUUAAAGCUGCUCGUCUUACCGUGGAGCAGGUGUACAAAUCACAGUCAGAGCUGAUGAAGGCAUCACUAGAAGAGAAGAAACAGAGUGAAUUGGCCGAGCUGAGAGAUACUCUGGCUCGUUAUCACAAUGAAGAGAUCAGUCGACGUGAGACGGAAUGGGGUGGACAUCUAGAGAAACUGCAAUCACAAUAUGAACAUCAAAUUGAGAUUGGGCAGGAACCAGCACCCAAAGGAGCAGUUGGUACACUGGAAGGAGCAUCACUUGUUCAAAAUCUUACGAAAAGACUUAACGAGGAGCAUAAAAAACUAAUUGAGGCCUUUGUAGGUAUGGGCAAGCCCUCUCUUGGGCUCAAGUGGCUGGCCGUGUCAUCGGUCACUGAACCUUGGAUGAGUUCCUUCUUUGACAUCAUCGUCACAGAUCAAGACGUACACCAUCUGAGGGAGGUAAAAAACAUCACUAUUUUUAACCAAUGGUUGGCAAUUACCUCUCUUCUUUCUAUUUUUUAUCAUUUAACUCUUUGCCAAUUUUAUUUUUCCUCUCUUUUCUCUUUUUCUCCCACCCCACUCUUUUCCCUUGUCUCACUCUCUUCUCUUUCUUUCCCCUGUCUCGCUCUCUUCUCUUCCUUUCCCGUGUCUCGCUCUCUUCUCUUCCUUUCCCGUGUCUACAUCUCUCUUCUCUUCCAUUCCCGUGUCUCGCUCUCUUCUCUUCCAUUCCCGUGUCUACUCUCUUCUCUUCCUUUCCCGUGUCUCGCUCUCUUCUCUUCCUUUCCCGUGUCUCGCUCUCUUCUCUUCCUUUCCCCUGUCUCGCUCUCUUCUCUUCCUUUCCCCUGUCUCGCUCUCUUCUCUUCCUUUCCCCUGUCUCGCUCUCUUCUCUUCCUUUCCCCUGUCUGCUCUCUUCUCUUCCUUUCCCGUGUCUACGCUCUCUUCUCUUCCUUUCCCGUGUCUCGCUCUCUUCUCUUCCCCUUUCCGUGUCUCGCUCUCUUCUCUUCCUUUUCCGUGUCUCGCUCUCUUCUCUUCCUUUCCCGUGUCUCGCUCUCUUCUCUUCCUUUCCCGUGUCUCGCUCUCUUCUCUUCCUUUCCCGUGUCUCGCUCUCUUCUCUUCCUUUCCCGUGUCUCGCUCUCUUCUCUUCCUUUCCCGUGUCUCGCUCUCUUCUCUUCCUUUCCCGUGUCUCGCUCUCUUCUCUUCCUUUCCCGUGUCUACGCUCUCUUCUUCCUUUCCGUGUCUCGCUCUCUUCUCUUCCCUUUCCGUGUCUCGCUCUCUUCUCUUCCCUUUCCGUGUCUCGCUCUCUUCUCUUCCUUUCCGUGUCUCGCUCUCUUCUCUUCCCCUUUCCCGUGUCUCGCUCUCUUCUCUUCCUUUCCCGUGUCUCGCUUCUCUUCUCUUCCUUUCCCCCUCUACGCUCUCUUCUCUUCCUUUCCCUGUCUCUUCUCUUCUCUUCCUUUCCCCUGUCUACGCUCUCUUCUCUUCCUUUCCCUGUCUAUCUCUUCUCUUCCUUUCCCCUGUCUAAGCUUCUCUUCUCUUCCCUUUCCCCUGUCCUUUCUCUCUUCUCUUCCUUUCCCCUCUUCUCUUCUCUUCCUUUUCCGUGUCUCUUCUCUUCUCUUCCUUUCCCGUGUCUUUCCUUCUCUUCUCUUCCUUUCCCCUGUCUACUUCUCUUCUCUUCCUUUCCCCUGUCUCUUCUCUUCUCUUCCUUUCCCCCUGUCUCGCUUCUCUUCUCUUCCUUUCCCUGUCUCGCUUCUCUUCUCUUCCUUUCCCCUGUCUAAGCUUCUCUUCUCUUCCUUUCCCCUGUCUAAGCUUCUCUUCUCUUCCUUUCCCCCUGUCUCGCUUCUCUUCUCUUCCCUUUCCCUGUCUCGCUUCUCUUCUCUUCCUUUUUCCCUGUCUCGCUUCUCUUCUCUUCCUUUCCCUGUCUCGCUUCUCUUCUCUUCCUUUCCCCUGUCUACUUCUCUUCUCUUCCUUUCCCCUGUCUCCUUCUCUUCUCUUCCUUUCCGUGUCUCCUUCUCUUCUCUUCCUUUCCCGUGUCUUCGCUUCUCUUCUCUUCCUUUCCCGUGUCUGCUUCUCUUCUCUUCCUUUCCCGUGUCUCGCUUCUCUUCUCUUCCUUUCCCGUGUCUACGCUUCUCUUCUCUUCCCUUUCCCGUGUCUAAGCUUCUCUUCUCUUCCUUUCCCGUGUCUCGCUUCUCUUCUCUUCCUUUCCCGUGUCGCUUCUCUUCUCUUCCUUUCCCGUGUCUCUUCUCUUCUCUUCCUUUCCCGUGUCUAAGCUUCUCUUCUCUUCCUUUCCCGUGUCUGCGCUUCUCUUCUCUUCCUUUCCCGUGUCUACGCUUCUCUUCUCUUCCUUUCCCGUGUCUCGCUUCUCUUCUCUUCCUUUCCGUGUCUCUCUUCUCUUCCUUUCCCGUGUCUCGCUUCUCUUCUCUUCCCCUUUCCCGUGUCUACGCUUCUCUUCUCUUCCUUUCCCGUGUCUCGCUUCUCUUCUCUUCCCUUUCCCGUGUCUCGGCUUCUCUUCUCUUCCUUUCCCGUGUCUACUUCUCUUCUCUUCCCCUUUCCGUGUCUGUCGCUUCUCUUCUCUUCCUUUCCGUGUCUACUUCUCUUCUCUUCCUUUCCCGUGUCUACAGCUUCUCUUCUCUUCCUUUCCCGUGUCUGUUCUUCUCUUCCUUUCCCGUGUCUAAACUUCUCUUCUCUUCCUUUCCCGUGUCUGCGCUUCUCUUCUCUUCCUUUCCCGUGUCUACGCUUCUCUUCUCUUCCUUUCCCGUGUCUACUCUUCUCUUCUCUUCCUUUCCCGUGUCUCGCUUCUCUUCUCUUCCUUUCCCGUGUCUCGCUUCUCUUCUCUUCCUUUCCGUCUUCUCUUCUCUUCCUUUCCCCUGUCUAAAACUCUUCUCUUCCUUUCCCGUGUCUCGCUUCUCUUCUCUUCCUUUCCCCUGUCUCGCUUCUCUUCUCUUCCUUUCCCGUGUCUCGCUUCUCUUCUCUUCCUUUCCCGUGUCUCGCUUCUCUUCUCUUCCUUUCCCGUGUCUCGCUUCUCUUCUCUUCCUUUCCCGUGUCUCGCUUCUCUUCUCUUUUUCCGUGUCUAAACUUCUCUUCUCUUCCUUUCCCCUGUCUGCCUUCUCUUCUCUUCCUUUCCCUGUCUACUUCUCUUCUCUUCCUUUCCCCCUGUCUCCUUCUCUUCUCUUCCUUUCCCGUGUCUCCUUCUCUUCUUCCUUUCCCCUGUUCUCUUCUCUUCCUUCUCUUCUCUUCCUUUCCCUUCCUUUCCGUGUCUCUUCUCUUCUCUUCCUUUCCCCUCGCUUCUCUUCUCUUCCCCUUCCCGUGUCUGCUUCUCUUCUCUUCCUUUCCCGUGUCUCGCUUCUCUUCUCUUCCUUUCCCCUCUCGCUUCUUCUCUUCCUUUCCCCUGUCUCUUCUCUUCUCUUCCUUUCCCUGUCUAGCUUCUUUCUCUUCCUUUCCCGUUCCCCUCUUCUUCCUUUCCCCAAUCUCUUCUCUUCUCUCUUCCUUUCCCGUGUCUUUCUCUUCUCUUUUCCCUUCUCUUCUCUUCCUUUCCCCUCGCUAGCUUCUCUUCCUUUCCCCUCGCUAGCUUCUCUUUCUUUUUUUUCUCUUUCUUUUUUUUCUCUUUCUUUUUUUUCUCUUUUUACUUCUGUGAGACAAACUUGCCAACCAUUAUAUCACAUUGAAUUGUCCAUAUAUAUCUAUCUAUCUAUCUAUCUAUCUAUCUAUCUAUCUAUCUAUCUAUCUAUCUAUCUAUCUAUCUAUAUAUAUAGAUAG